AUGGAUAAUCUUAUUGCUCAAACUCAAUCGGCCUUCGUCGGAGGGAGGAAUAUCUUAGAUGGGCCUUUGAUUGUGAGCGAAUCGGUUUCUUGGGUUAAAAAGAAUAAGGGCAAGCUUUUAGUAUUCAAAGUUGAUUUUGAAAAAGCAUACGAUUCCAUUAAUUGGAAGUUCUUAUUCAAAGUCAUGGAGUUUAUGUCUUUUCCGGAAAGGUGGAUUACUUGGAUAAAAGGGUGCCUUAGCUCAGGAAAAGGGUCGGUUCUUGUGCUGGACAUGUUCAUGAGAAGGGCCGUAAGUCUCGGCUUAUAUCAUGGUUUUCAAACUCCUAAUGGAGGUCCUAUCAUUUCGCACCUCUGCUACGUUGAUGAUGUACUUUUUAUCGGUGAAUGGUCGGAGCACAAUUUUACCUACCUCAAGCAUUUACUGAGAUGCCUGUUCCUGGUCGCGGGUCUUAAAGUAAAUCACAACAAGAGUAAAAUUUAUGGGGUAGGGGUUGGAGAUGUCGAGACUCGAGAUAUGGCUGAGAUUCUUAAUUGCGGGGUCGGAGCUUUCCCUUUUGUGUACUUAGGUGUCCCCAUCGGUGCCAACAUGAAAAGGGCGGUUCAUUGGCAGCCGGUCAUUGACAAGUUUCACAGGAAGCUUUCGGCUUGGAAAGCAAGAACUCUAUCAUUUGCUGGGAGGGUCACCCUUGCAAAAGCUGUGCUUGGUAGCCUCCCGUCAUAUUAUCUAUCCCUUUUUCUUGCCCCGAAAGCGGUGGUGAAUAAACUCGAGAGUAUUAGGAGGUCCUUUGUCUGGGGAAAGACAAAUUUGAGAAACAAAAUUAGUUGGGCCCGUUGGGAGAAGAUGAGUAAACCUAAAAAGUUGGGCGGGAUCGGGAUAGGGGGUAUAAGAGAUUUUAACUUGGCGAUGCUUGCCAAGUGGUGGUGGAGACAUAAGGAGGAACCUAAUCAACUGUGGGCUUCUGUCAUCUCUGCUCUUCAUUAA